AUGGGGAUGGGCUCUUCCUUACAAUACCGGCGUGCAAUAGACACAGUGAAGGUUGUGUUAGAGAAUUCGUCCGGAAAUGCUGAGCUGAUCUUUAACGGGACGAACACCGACAAGUUCAACUGGUUCUCCAAAUCUAACCUGCUGUCAUCUCCUUGGUCAGACAUCUAUACAGAGACACAAAACGUCUUCUCAAUCCAGGGGAUCCAACAUUCGAACAUCGGAAUAAGGUCUAGAUCUUUCUACAUCAAUCGCAAUUGGGGAGGCUGUGACAAUGACGAGGGCUGGCUUCUAGUGGCAGACCUAGGAGAAAAUGUUGGCACAGCCGAACGGAUGGUCAUCUACAUCGACACUCCCGGAAACGUGCUGUGCUCCUGCAGUGGUGACCAACAUUUAAGUGAAGACGGAACCUCGUGUGUAGACUGUCAGGUUCCACUUGGAGUGGAAUCCGGUGCCAUACCGGACAGCAGCAUCACUGCAUCCACGUCCUGGCCUGGUUUUCUGCCCGAACACGGACGCCUGAAUGGAGUUGCUGGCAAUGGUGCUUGGGCCGUCGGGACAAAGACACUCGGACAAUGGUUGCAGGUUUUUACAGGCAACACAGACAUAAACACACCAGUGACAAACCUCCUUGACAACCAUGUUGAUGCCCGCUAUGUGCGAUUCGUGGUUAUGUCUUGGAAUGAUCACAUCAGCAUGAGGGUAGACGUUCUUGGAUGCAGCCCUAGUCUCGCAGGGCUGACCCUGGAUGAUGUCGGAAUGGGUGAGCUUUCCGUGUCUUGGACAGUCGUGGGGAGUCUUCCUAUCUCGCGCUACAGGCUCCGGUACCAGCCGGCAGACGGGUCGGGCUCGUACCAGGACCUCUCCCCCGCACCGGGAACAGGCGACACCUCGGCUACCGUACCGGGACUGCUGCCCGACACGGACUACAACAUCACGGUCACUUCCUUUGGGGAGGACGACCAGCCAAACGGUGUCAUCAGUGGGACAUACGCCACAGUCUGUCAGGUUCCACUUGGUAUGGAGUCUGGUGCAAUACCUGACAGCAGCAUCAAUGCGUCCUCGUCUCACCAUGAUAGUUACCAGCCCUAUCAUGGACGCUUGAACGGAGUUGCUGGCCAUGGUGCCUGGGCCCCCCAGACGAGCGUAAUCGGACAAUGGUUGCAGGUGGAUUUAGGAGUGCUAAAGCGCGUCACGGGCACGGUCAUUCAGGGUCGGCACACAACCUACCAUGGCGAACAGUUUGUGACGUCCUACAAACUCCAGUACAGUGCAGACGGGAGCAGUUGGACGACAUAUGCCAAUAGUGAUGGCUCCGACAAGGUCUUUGCAGGCAACACAGACAUAAACACACCAGUGACGAACCUUCUUGACAACCCAGUCGAUGCCCGCUAUGUGCGUUUCGUGGUUCAGUCCUGGAAUACUUACAUCAGCAUGAGGGUAGACGUUCUUGGAUGCAGUACAGGGUGUCCACUAGCAGACUACGUCAGUUUCAACGGAGUUUGCUACAAGGACUUUGCUGUGUAUACGAAUUUCUAUACAGCCCGACAGACGUGUGCCACAGACGGGGGACUGUUGGCCAUGCCGAAGGACAGCGCGAUCAACACGUUCAUCCACGAGCUGGCAGGAGUUAACGAACGACGCUGGAUCGGGUUGACUGACGAAGACACCGAAGGUGAAUGGGUGUUUGAAGACGGCACAACCCUGGCGUCAGCCAGGUAUAGCAACUGGCAGCCCAGUCAACCGGACAAUCAUAAUGGCAUCGAAGACUGCGUCGAAGUUUUAGGUGGUGCCGAACACUACUGGAGUGAUAGAGCAUGCAACGUUCGCCUACCAGGAUUCAUCUGUCAGCUAGAUAGAGAAACUACAACAAUCGCACCUGUGACAACUCCAAUGACAACAGUUAUGACAACAUCUGCCCCAACUACAAGUCCAGAUGUCUGUCACCCCAUUCCUCUUGGAAUGGAAUCUGGUGCCAUACCUGACAGCGCCAUCACUGCAUCCUCCGUUUGGCAGCGCUGGGGUAAUACUGAAGUACACGAUCCCUGGUUUGCACGGUUACACUCAUCGGCAGGAUGGGGUGGCUGGGCAGCUCAUGACAACAUAGUCGGACAGUGGUUACAGGUCGAUCUUGGAGAGAUGAAGCAAGUCAAGGGCGUCAUUACCCAGGGUCGCUUUAGCGGUGAUGCGCAGUGGGUAACAUCGUACAAGCUCCUGUUCAGUGCAGAUGGGACUUCUUGGACGGCGUAUGCCAACAGCGAUGGCACAGAUAAGAUCUUUCCAGGCAACACGGACAUGAACACACCUGUCACGAACCUACUGGACGACCCAGUUGAGACCCGUUAUGUGCGUUUCGUGGUUGUUACUUUUCAAGGCCACAUCCUUAUGCGUGUGGAGAUCCUUGGGUGUGGCGCUGAAAAUCACUGCUACCCCAACCCUUGCGAGAAUGGUGACGUUUGCAUCGAUAGUGGAGAUUCCUACAUCUGUAAAUCUCGCGGGGCAGUCUGCAAAGCAUGGGGUGACCCUCACUACUACCCGUUUGACGGAGGCGACCACCACUUUCAAGGACCAUGCAGGUACACCCUAGCCAAGGACUGCGGCAACAGCAGCGACUUUACCGUGACGACACAGAACGUACCUGGAAACCCAUUUGUUUCUUACGUACGUGAGGUAUUUGUUGAGGCACACGGCUUCGUGAUAGGAGUUCACCAGGGCAAGGAUGUCACUGUGGACGGAACACCAUACUCACUAUCCUCCAGCCUGGCGGGCGGUAUGGUUGAAGUCAGCCUGACCGGGCGGUUUGUCCGGGUUCUUCUAAAGAACCUCAGCGUGGAAGUCUCAUACGAUGGUGAUCACGAAGUUAGGGUUGAGGUUCCCGGCGACUACCGAGGACAGAUGUGUGGUCUUUGCGGUAACUUUAACGGCGAUACGAGCGACAACUACAUGACUCCAGACGGGACCGUUGUGGGAGAUGAGAACACUUUUGGUGACAGUUGGCUCACCGACAGUAGCACUUGUCCUGAAGGUAGGAGGGGAAAGAGAGAAGCCGAACUAACUCCACUUUCCGGAUGUCCCGACGCCGUGCGAGCAGCUGCCGAGUCGGCUGACAGUUGCGGGCUGCUGGAAGACACUAACGGCCCGUUUGCUGCCUGCCAUGGGUUUGUUGCUCCUGGACCUUACUUCCAAACAUGUCUCUUCGACAUGUGUGCGUUGGACGGAAACACCACGGGACUUUGUCAGAACCUGGAGGCCUACGCUGAGGCCUGCCGGGCAGCUGGUGUGGCACCAUUUUCAUGGCGGACAGAAGAUCUAUGCCCCGGAGUCUGCCCAGUGAACAGCGCGUUUUCCCCAUGCGCUAGUUACUGUCCUGCGACCUGCGCGAACCCCAACGCUGAAGAGAAUUGCGACCUCGGCUGUGGAGAAGGCUGUGCGUGUGAUCCUGGCUUCGUCCUUAGUGGACAACAGUGUGUUCCAGAGGAGCAGUGUGGCUGCACUGACGAUGAAGGACGUUACUAUACGCUUGGAGAACGCUGGAGUGAAGAUGGGCAAAGGUGUGUCUGUGAAGCUGGAAAUGUCAUCACCUGUUCUGAGCUCACGGGGCUGACCCUGGAUGAGGCCGGGAUAAGCCAUCUCGCCGUUUCCUGGACAGUCGUGGGGAGUCUGCCGAUCUCACGCUACAGGCUCCGUUACCAGCCGGCAGACGGGUCGGGCUCGUACCGGGACCUCUCCCCCGCACCGGCAGCAGGGGGCAGCUCGGCUACGAUACCGGAAUUGCUGCCCGACACAGACUAUACCCUUACGCUCACUUCAUUUGGAGAGGACGAUCAACCAAACGGUGUCAUCAGCGGGACAUUCAGGACAGCUGAGGUUGUAGUGAACGUAGAGUGUGACCAAGACAGCAUGACCAUCUCCAUUCCCCGUACCGCAUUACUGGCUGUGGACGUAGAGAACAUGCACCUUCUGGACACCAGCUGUGUCGCUACUGUGGAUGACGAUUUUGUCACGUUGGAGACACAUCUGCAACAGUGCGGAACCCAACAAGAGACUUUAGGGGACGACAAAUUCAUCUUCUCCAACGAAGCCAUCGCCAACCAAGUGACCCAUGCGAACGGUGCUGUGCGUAACCAGCCGAUAAACCUGCCCUUCCAGUGCGAGUUCCUCCGUCAGUACGACGUUUCACGGGGUCCUAUCAUGUAUAACAUCCCUUCUCCUCGGAUCCAAAUCGUUGAUGCGAACAACACUUUCAUGUUGGAGAUGCGGAUGUACACUUCAACAGAUUUCGUUGCGAGUUAUGAAUCUGAUGACUUCCCCAUUCAGGUCACACCGUCUGACCGUCUGAACUUCGGCCUGAGCGUGACGUCACCACUGGAAAACCUGGAGCUGUUUGCACGUGACUGUGUCUCCACUCCCACCACUGAUCCCAACGACUCUCCAAGGGUCAACAUCAUCACAGAUGGCUGUGAGGUUGAUGAGACUCUAGAGAAGGACGAUGAUCGUUCUAAUGACAAGGCCCUGUACUACAGCGUGGCCGCCUUCACGUUCCCAAAUGCUAUCGAACCCAGCCUGGUGUACUUCCACUGCACCAUGAUCAUCUGCUUCAAGGACGACCCUGACUCCCGGUGCAGACAGGGCUGUAUCCCAGCCGCACGGCGUAGGCGGGCCGUCUCGUACGGGACGGAGGGCAGGGUUCGCCGGGAGAGCAGCAGGGACCACCAGGCGGACAUCACCCAGGGACCGUUCCAAGUGAACUUCGAAGAAGCAGGAGCAGGGCCAGCUGGAGUCCCGGUGGGUACUGUGGUCGGAGCGGUUGUUGCAGUUGCCGGAAUCAUUGGGCUUCUGAUCGUGGCCGUUGUUCUGCUGAAGAAACGGGGUGGCCUGGCUUUGGGUCGCAAGAAACGUGAGGACGAUACCCUCGGACUGGACAACUACGCUUUCCAGGCUUGGGGAAACAAGAACAAGACUGGCAAUGCUGACACCAAAGCCUAA